AGAACCACGUGUUUCCCUUCCUCCAGCCCACCGUCCUCCUUUCAGAUCUUGGAGACUCACUUAGCGUGAGCAACAACUAGCAAAACAGUUUGGGGGUUUUGCACUUUCUGCACCUUAGGCUGCUAUGCUGCCUUUUCCCUUUAGACACUUUGCUAAGCCCUUGCGGAGAUGCUGCCAGGCUGCAGGGAGUUUGCGGGCCCAACACAGCAAAGCAGCUGCUGCAUCAGCCAAGGAGACGCCAGGCUGGACCGGGCAGGAGAGCUUGGCCGAGAGUGACCCUGAGAUGUGGGCGCUGGUGCAGCAAGAGAAGGAUCGCCAGUGCCGGGGUCUGGAGCUCAUUGCCUCAGAGAAUUUCUGCAGCCGAGCUGCGCUCGAGGCUCUCGGAUCCUGCCUCAACAACAAGUAUUCAGAGGGCUACCCUGGCAAGAGGUAUUAUGGUGGCGCUGAGGUGGUGGACCGCAUUGAGCUGCUGUGUGAACGCCGGGCCCUGGAGGCUUUUGACCUGGACCCCGAGUGCUGGGGAGUGAAUGUCCAACCAUACUCUGGAUCUCCUGCCAACUUUGCUGCCUACACAGCUUUGCUGCAGCCCCACGAGCGGCUUAUGGGCCUGGACUUGCCUGAUGGAGGCCACCUAACGCAUGGGUAUAUGUCUGACAUCAAACGUAUCUCGGCCACGUCCAUCUUCUUCGAAUCCAUGCCCUACAAACUGAAUCCAACAACAGGAUUGAUUGAUUAUGAUCAGCUAGAAGUAACGGCCCGACUCUUCCGCCCGCGUCUCGUCAUAGCUGGGACCAGUGCCUACGCCCGCCUCAUUGACUACGCCCGCAUCAAGAAGGUGUGUGAAGAGGUGAAGGCCUACAUGCUGGCUGACAUGGCCCAUAUCAGUGGUCUGGUGGCAGCCAAAGUCAUCCCUUCUCCCUUUGAUUAUGCUGACCUGGUCACUAGCACGACUCACAAGACACUGCGUGGAGCGAGGUCUGGACUGAUCUUCUACCGCAAAGGUGCCCGUUCCAUAGACAAGAAGACUGGCAAGGAGAUUCCCUACAAUCUGGAAGAGAAGAUCAACUUUGCUGUCUUCCCUUCUUUGCAGGGAGGGCCCCAUAACCAUGCCAUUGCAGCUGUCGCUGUGGCACUGAAACAGGCCAGCUCACCUAUGUUCCGGGAGUAUUGCCAGCAGGUGCUGAAGAACGCCAAGGCCAUGGCAGAGGCAUUGCUGCAGCGAGGAUACACUCUGGUUUCAGGUGGCACUGAUAACCACCUGGUACUUGUGGACCUGAGACCAAAAGGCAUUGACGGGGCCCGGGCUGAGCGGGUGCUAGAGCUGGUGUCCAUAACAGCUAACAAAAACACCUGUCCUGGGGACAAGAGUGCAUUGACACCUGGUGGCUUGCGGCUUGGGGCACCUGCACUUACCUCCCGGCAAUUCCGAGAAGGCGAUUUCCAGAAGGUGGUGGAGUUCAUGGAUGAAGGAAUCCAGAUUGGGCUGGAUGUCAAAAAGAAAACCUCCAAGCUCCAGGACUUCAAAACCUUCUUGCUGGCUGACCCAGAGACGAAGCAGCGCCUGUCUGACCUUAGGCAGCGAGUUGAGACCUUCGCCCGUGCCUUCCCCAUGCCUGGCUUUGAUGAACGUUGAUGUUAUGCCCAACCAGAGACUGUCUGAUUACCCCCAGAUGGGCGGGGCUUGCCAGAGGCCAGGUGCUUGGGGUCCCUGUAGUCCUACCUCUGAGAGCCAGCCAGCAGGUGCCCUUUUCUGGAAGGGUGAUUGCCUUGGCCACCUUUUCUCCUUCUCCCAAUGCCCAUUUUAUAGUGACUCAAAAACAACUGACCUCCUUUCCGUUUUAUAGCAGGACUAGUCUCUGAUCCACGGUACCUGUGUAAUAUUUCCGCCUGCCCACUAUGCAAGAUGGGUUGUAAGAAUUAAACAGCUUCAUCUCUC